AUGCUGGGUGGGCUCUUUAGUCAGGCCGGUAGCACGUUCAAUAAAGUUGUAAAGCCUCGAGGCUCUCUCGAGGCCGACGACAAGCCUCCUUCAGACACUGAACCCGACGACACCUCCAUCCUAGAUGAAAAUGAGGGCUCCAUAAUCACCUCUCUGAUCUCCCAGCUGAGGGUUGGGAUGGAUCUUUCCAAAGUCACAUUUCCUACCUUUGUACUCGAGCCCCGAAGUAUGCUCGAGCGUAUCACCGAUUUUAUGUCCCAUCCAGACCUGAUCUUUGGAGCCGAGAGCUUUGACGAUCCAGAGGAGCGAUUCAUCAGAGUACUGCAGUACUAUCUAGCUGGGUGGCAUAUCAAGCCCAAGGGCGUCAAGAAACCAUACAAUCCCGUCCUCGGAGAGUUCUUCAGAUGCAGAUACGACUACCCCAACGGCACACAGGGUUUCUACAUCGCGGAGCAAGUGUCGCACCAUCCACCGGUAUCUGCGUUCUUCUACAUCUCCCCCGCGAACCACGUCUGCAUCAUCGGCGAGCUCAGACCCAAAUCAAAGUUCCUCGGCAACAGCGUGUCGACCACGAUGGAGGGCGAAAAUAGGGUGACGUUGCUCGGCAAGCCAGAGGAUGGGGAAUACGUGAUCACGAUGCCGAAUAUGUACGCUCGUGGAAUCCUCUUUGGCAAGAUGGUCCUCGAGCUGGGAGAUACAUGUAUAGCAAAGAACGAGAAACACGGCUUGUCGUGCGAUCUGGAGUUCAAGACCAAGGGAUUCUUUUCCGGGACGUAUAAUGCCUUGGCGGGGCGGGUGCGCAAGAACUCGACUGAAAUCGGAGAAGUGUCGGGGAGAUGGAGUCAUGUCAUGGAGAUCAAAAGCAGCAAGACUGGUCAGAAGCGAGUGCUGUUCGACGCAGUGAAAGAUGGCCAGAAUAUUUCUCCGAAGUGGGUCCCUCCUGAAGACGAGCAAGAGCCUAAUGAAUCACGAAGACUGUGGACACAUCUAACUGAAGCCAUCAUCAACAAAGAUAUGGAAGCAGCGACGACAGCGAAGACAGCGGUCGAAGAUGCACAGAGAGAAGAGCGAAAGUACCGAGAAGAAAGCGGGUCGGAGCACGUCCCUCGUUUCUUUACGAAAGAGAAUGGGCGGUGGCAGCCCAAGCUCAAGAUACCAAAAGGUCCCCAGGAAGCGACACUGGCCGUGCAAGAAUGGAUAUUCCCCACCACGACUAAACCAGGCUCAACAACAAGCGCCUCACCCCCUCCCCCUCCUCAACCAGUAUUACCCUGA